UCUCCGAGCACUCGCUGUGCUCCAGGGCGCCCAGUGGAGGCGCGCCAAGAAAGAAGCUCGGGCUGCCCAGGCCGGCCCCAUCUCCAAGCAGCGGUGGACGCCGCCCCGUCUGACACUGGGUGCGAGGCCUCGCUGUGAGGGACCCGGGAGGCCAGCCCCCUCCAGGACGGAGGUCGUCGGAGGCCAAGCUGAAGCAUGGGGCCCGCGGGGGGCCCCGGCGUGGCAGUCGUGGCGGGGCCCCUGGGCCUCCUGCUGCUCCUGCUGGCUGGAGACUGCGCUGGAGAAGAGCCACCGAGGUUCAUUAAGGAACCCAAGGACCAGAUCGGGGUGUCCGGGGGAGUGGCCUCCUUCGUGUGUCAGGCCACGGGCGACCCCAAGCCACGGGUGACCUGGAACAAGAAAGGCAAGAAGGUGAACUCACAGCGCUUCGAGACGAUCGAGUUUGAUGAGAGCGCGGGGGCCGUGCUGCGGAUCCAGCCCCUGCGCACGCCCCGGGAUGAGAACGUGUACGAAUGUGUGGCCCAGAACUCGGCCGGGGAGAUCACUGUCCACGCCAAACUCACCGUCCUGCGAGAGGACCAGCUGCCCCCCGGCUUCCCCAACAUCGACAUGGGCCCCCAGCUGAAGGUGGUGGAGCGUACACGGACGGCCACCAUGCUGUGCGCCGCCAGCGGCAACCCCGACCCUGAGAUCACGUGGUUCAAGGACUUCCUGCCUGUUGAUCCCAGUGCCAGCAAUGGGCGAAUCAAGCAGCUAAGAUCAGAGACCUUUGAGAGUACUCCAAUCCGAGGGGCCCUGCAGAUCGAGAGCAGCGAGGAGACGGACCAGGGCAAGUACGAAUGUGUGGCCACCAACAGCGCCGGUGUGCGGUAUUCGUCCCCGGCCAACCUCUACGUGCGAGAACUUCGAGAAGUCCGCCGCGUGGCACCCCGCUUCUCCAUCCUGCCCAUGAGCCACGAGAUCAUGCCAGGCGGGAGCGUCAACAUCACCUGCGUGGCCGUGGGCUCGCCCAUGCCCUACGUCAAGUGGAUGCAGGGGGCCGAGGACCUGACACCCGAGGAUGACAUGCCCGUGGGCCGGAAUGUGCUGGAACUCACCGACGUGAAGGACUCGGCCAACUACACGUGCGUGGCCAUGUCCAGCCUGGGCGUCAUCGAGGCCGUGGCGCAGAUCACCGUGAAGUCACUGCCCAGAGCGCCAGGGACGCCCGUGGUGACGGAAAACACAGCUACCAGCAUCACCAUCACGUGGGACUCGGGCAACCCCGACCCCGUGUCGUACUAUGUGAUCGAGUACAAAUCCAAGAGCCAGGACGGCCCCUACCAGAUCAAAGAAGACAUCACCACGACACGCUACAGCAUCGGGGGCCUGAGCCCCAACUCCGAGUAUGAGAUCUGGGUGUCAGCUGUCAACUCCAUCGGCCAGGGCCCCCCCAGCGAGUCGGUGGUGACGCGCACGGGCGAGCAGGCCCCCGCCAGCGCGCCCCGCAACGUGCAAGCCCGCAUGUUGAGCUCCACUACCAUGAUCGUGCAGUGGGAGGAGCCCGUGGAGCCCAACGGGCUCAUCCGCGGCUACCGUGUCUACUACACCAUGGAGCCCGAGCACCCGGUGGGCAACUGGCAGAAGCACCACGUGGACGACAGCCUGCUGACCACCGUGGGCAGCCUGCUGGAGGACGAGACCUACACCGUGCGCGUGCUGGCCUUCACUUCGGUGGGCGACGGGCCGCUCUCCGACCCCAUCCAGGUGAAGACGCAGCAGGGAGUCCCGGGCCAACCAAUGAACCUCCGGGCUGAAGCCAGGUCGGAGACGAGCAUCGGGCUGACCUGGAGCCCUCCGCGGGUGGACAGCAUUAUCAAAUACGAGCUGCUCUUCAAGGAAGGCGACCGCGGUCACGAGGUGGGCCGCACGUUCGAUCCCACGACGGCCUUUGUGGUGGAGGAUCUGAAGCCAGAUACUGAGUACGCCUUCCGCCUGGCGGCGCGCUCGCCCCAGGGUCUGGGCGCCUUCACUUCAGCCGUGCGGCAGCGCACGCUGCAGUCCAAACCGUCCGCCCCCCCUCAAGACGUUAAAUGUGUCAGCAUGCGCUCCACCGCCAUUUUGGUAAGUUGGCGCCCGCCGCCGCCGGAGACGCACAACGGGGCCCUGGUGGGCUACAGCGUCCGCUAUCGACCGCUGGGCUCGGAGGACCCGGAACCCAAGGAGGUGAAAGGCAUCCCUCCAACCACCACCCAGAUCCUACUGGAGGCCUUGGAGAAGUGGACCGAGUACCGCAUCACCACCGUGGCGCACACAGAGGUGGGGCCGGGGCCCGAGAGCUCGCCCGUGGUCGUCCGCACCGAGGAAGACGUGCCCAGCGCGCCGCCGCGGAAGGUGGAGGCGGAGGCGCUCAACGCCACGGCCAUCCGCGUGCUGUGGCGCUCGCCCGCGCCCGGCCGGCAACAUGGCCAGAUUCGUGGUUACCAAGUCCACUACGUGCGCAUGGAUGGCGCCGAGGCCCGCGGGCCGCCCCGUAUCAAGGACGUGAUGCUGGCCGACGCGCAGUGGGAGAUGGAUGACACGGCCGAAUAUGAAAUGGUCAUCACAGACCUGCUGCCCGAGACUUCCUAUUCCAUCACCGUAGCCGCCUACACCAUGAAAGGCGACGGUGCUCGCAGCAAACCCAAGGUGGUCACCACCAAGGGAGCAGUGCUGGGCCGCCCCACGCUGUCGGUGCAGCAGACCCCCGAGGGCAGCCUGCUGGCCCGCUGGGAACCCCCGGCCACCAGCGCCGACGACCCGGUGCUGGGCUACCGGCUGCAAUUCGGCCGCGAGGACUCUGCGCCCCUGGCCACGCUGGAGUUCCCGGCGUCGCAGGAUCGCUACUCGGCGCCGGGCGCGCACAAAGGGGCCACCUACGUGUUCCGGCUGGCGGCGCGCGGCCGCGGCGGGCUGGGCGAGGAGGCGGCGGCUGCGUUGCACAUCCCCGAAGACGCGCCCCGCGGACACCCGCAGAUCCUGGAGGCGGCGGGCAACGCGUCGGCCGGCACGGUGCUCCUGCGCUGGCUGCCGCCCGUGCCCGCCGAGCGCAACGGGGCCAUUGUCAAGUACACCGUGGCCGUGCGGGAGGCGGGCGCCGCGGGCCCCGCACGAGAGACCGAGCUGCCCGUGGUGGCGACGGCCACCGAGCCCGGGGCCGAGAUGGCGUUCACGCUGCGGGGCCUGCAGCCUGACACGGCGUACGAUCUGCAAGUGCGAGCCCAUACGCGCCGGGGCCCCGGCCCCUACAGCCCCCCUGUGCGCUACCGCACCUUCCUGCGGGACCAAGUCUCACCCAAGAACUUCAAGGUCAAAAUGAUCAUGAAGACAUCGGUGCUGCUGAGCUGGGAGUUUCCUGACAAUUACAACUCCCCCAUGCCCUACAGGAUCCAGUACAACGGGCUCACGCUGGACGUGGACGGUCGCAGCACAAAGAAACUCAUCACGCGCCUGAAGCCCCAAACCUUCUACAACUUCGUGCUGACCAACCGGGGCAGCAGCCUGGGCGGCCUGCAGCAGACGGUCACCGCCUGGACGGCCUUCAACCUGCUCAGCGGCAAGCCAAGCGUGGCCCCCAAGCCCGACCCCGAAGGCUACAUCACCGUGCACCUGCCAGACGGCCAGAGCCCCGUGCCCGUCCAGAGCUACUUCAUCGUGAUGGUUCCGCUCCGCAAGUCUCGCGGCGGACAGUUCCUGACCCCGCUGGGCAGCCCGGAGGACAUGGACCUGGAGGAGCUCCUGCAGGACCUGGCCCGCCUGCAGAGGCGCAGCCUGCGGCACUCGCGGCAGCUCGAGGCGCCCCGGCCCUACAUCGCCGCCCGCUUCUCGGCGCUGCCCGCCAGCUUCCGGCCCGGGGACCAGAAGCAGUACGGGGGCUUCGACAACCGCGGCCUGGAGCCGGGGCACCGCUACGUGCUCUUCGUGCUGGCCGUGCUGGCCAAGAGCGAGCCGACCUUUGCAGCCAGCCCCUUCUCAGACCCCUUCCAGCUGGAUAACCCGGACCCCCAGCCCAUCGUGGACGGCGAGGAGGGGCUCAUCUGGGUGAUUGGGCCCGUGCUGGCCGUGGUCUUCAUCAUCUGCAUCGUCAUCGCCAUCCUGCUCUAUAAGAACAAACCCGACAGCAAGCGGAAGGACUCGGAACCGCGCACGAAGUGCCUACUCAACAAUGCCGACCUGGCGCCCCACCACCCCAAGGACCCCGUGGAGAUGAGACGUAUCAACUUCCAGACCCCGGCUGGGUCGGGGCUCACCAGCCCGUGCCCUCGGCCUCUGCCCGCAGGCAUGCUCAGUCACCCGCCCAUCCCCAUCGCCGACAUGGCGGAGCACACAGAGCGACUGAAGGCCAACGACAGCCUCAAGCUGUCACAGGAGUACGAGUCCAUUGACCCGGGCCAGCAGUUCACCUGGGAGCACUCGAACCUGGAGGUGAACAAGCCCAAGAAUCGCUACGCCAACGUCAUCGCCUACGACCACUCCCGUGUCAUCCUGCAGCCCAUCGAAGGCAUCGUGGGCAGUGAUUACAUCAACGCCAACUACGUGGACGGCUACCGGCGGCAGAACGCCUACAUCGCCACGCAGGGGCCUCUCCCCGAGACCUUCGGCGACUUCUGGCGCAUGGUAUGGGAGCAGCGCUCUGCCACCAUCGUCAUGAUGACCCGGCUGGAGGAGAAGUCACGGAUCAAGUGUGACCAGUACUGGCCCAACCGCGGCACCGAGACCUACGGCUUCAUCCAGGUCACGCUGCUGGACACCAUCGAGCUGGCCACGUUCUGUGUGCGGACAUUUUCUCUGCACAAGAACGGCUCGAGUGAGAAGCGCGAGGUGCGACAGUUCCAGUUCACGGCGUGGCCCGACCACGGCGUGCCCGAGUACCCCACGCCCUUCCUGGCCUUCCUGCGGCGUGUCAAAACCUGCAACCCACCGGACGCCGGCCCGGUGGUGGUGCACUGCAGCGCCGGCGUGGGCCGCACCGGCUGCUUCAUCGUCAUCGACGCCAUGCUGGAGCGCAUCCGGCCCGAGAAGACGGUGGACGUGUACGGCCACGUGACGCUCAUGCGCGCCCAGCGCAACUACAUGGUGCAGACGGAGGACCAGUACAGCUUCAUCCACGAGGCGCUGCUCGAGGCCGUGGGCUGCGGCAGCACCGAGGUGCCCGCGCGGAGCCUCUACGCCUACAUCCAGAAGCUGGCGCAGGUGGAGCCCGGCGAGCACGUCACGGGCAUGGAGCUCGAGUUCAAGCGCCUGGCCAGCUCCAAGGCCCACACGUCUCGCUUCAUCAGCGCCAACCUGCCUUGUAACAAGUUCAAGAACCGCCUGGUGAACAUCAUGCCCUACGAGAGCACGCGCGUCUGCCUGCAGCCCAUCCGCGGCGUGGAGGGCUCCGACUACAUCAACGCCAGCUUCAUCGACGGCUACAGGCAGCAGAAGGCCUACAUGGCCACGCAGGGGCCGCUGGCCGAGACCACCGAGGACUUCUGGCGAAUGCUGUGGGAGAACAACUCGACCAUCGUGGUGAUGCUGAGCAAGCUACGGGAGAUGGGCCGGGAGAAGUGCCAUCAGUACUGGCCGGCUGAGCGCUCUGCCCGCUACCAGUACUUCGUGGUGGACCCCAUGGCCGAGUACAACAUGCCACAGUACAUCCUGCGGGAGUUCAAGGUCACCGACGCCAGGGACGGCCAGUCGCGCACCGUGCGGCAGUUCCAGUUCACCGACUGGCCUGAGCAGGGCGUGCCCAAGUCGGGCGAGGGCUUCAUCGACUUCAUCGGCCAAGUGCACAAGACCAAGGAGCAGUUCGGCCAGGAUGGGCCCAUCUCGGUGCACUGCAGCGCCGGCGUGGGCAGGACGGGCGUGUUCAUCACCCUGAGCAUCGUGCUGGAGCGCAUGCGGUACGAGGGCGUGGUGGACAUCUUCCAGACGGUGAAGAUGCUGCGCACGCAACGGCCCGCCAUGGUGCAAACCGAGGACGAGUACCAGUUCUGCUACCAGGCGGCGCUCGAGUACCUUGGCAGCUUCGACCACUAUGCAACCUAAGCCAUGGUCCCCGGCCGACGUGACGCGUGUGCACCUGCGGGCUCGCCCCGCGCAGC